AUGGCUUCCUUGGCGAUCACCAGGAAUCUACUGAGACCGGCGUUUGGGUCAAAACUCACGCGACAACAACAACCUGCAUCCCGAUCGGUUUCUACCUUGGUUUUAUUGAGGCAUGGACAGAGUGCAUGGAAUGGAGAGGCUGCGAGGUUCACUGGAUGGUGUGAUGUUCCUUUGACGGUACGAGGAAGGGUGGAAGCCGUGGCAUCUGGACAUUUGAUGAGAUCACGAGGUUUUAAGGCUUCCAAGGUAUGUGUGGCAUUUACCUCCGAACUGCAACGAGCCCAUGAAACCUGUGAAUUGGUGUUAGCAAGUAUGGCAGGCCAUGAACAGCACACGUGGUCUGGCGAGCGCAUACGACGAGAUUGGAGGCUCAAUGAACGGCAUUAUGGAGCCGUGCAAGGAAAAUUCAAGAAUGAUCCAGAGUUAAAGGCUACCUUUGGAGAAGAAACCUUGAGAUAUUGGAGACGAUCCAUGCAUGGCAAAGCUCCUGAUAUGGACCCGUCACACGAACAUUAUCUCCCUCCACCGGCACCUUUAUCCGAGAGUUUGGCAGAUUGCCAACGUCGUGCCUUGGAUUGCUGGGACGACGCCAUUGCUCCCGCACUUUUCGAUGAAGAGGGACUGCCCAUUCCACCAGAUGACAGAACCAUCAUUGUGGUGGCGCACGCCAACACCAUUCGAUCAUUAAUGGCGCAUUUUGAUGACGUCCCAGAAGAUAUGAUCUCAAAGCUAUAUGUCCCCAACUCGGUGCCCAUUCUUUAUCGGUUUGAUCGAAGCAUCUCCAAACGAACACCCAUUUCCAUCAAGUUACAAUCUGCUCACGGAGGUUCUCAUGCUCGGUGGAUGAUUUCGGCCCAAAACCAUGGAGCCGUCAGAGAUGCCAUUCGCAAGGGUGGAACCCUCACGAGAGCUCUGUUUGACGCCUUGAGCACGGCUGAUUUCUCCGCCCCUCCCAGCCUCACAGUUACGGGGGCGGAAUUAGAAGUGGGUGUCAGAACGCUCAUGGGAGAUUCCGAAGUGGGUGACUGCGUCGUUGUCGGUGUGGCCAAGCAAAUUGCUCGCGAGCUGGGACCCAAUGAUGUCAUUCAUCUGUCCGAAUUCGAGCGACGCACUCAAGAAGCAUACGAAGGCUUGACAUUCAAGCAUCUCAAUGACGAAGAUGUUGUGCCGGAAGAGUUUGGAUCCUACUAG